CCUCUAAGUGCAUGUAUACUCUUAAUGUCAUUUUAAAUAGCUCGCUGAAAAGGGUAUCAAUAUUUCCCCGCAACGUGCAUUGAAUUUCACUAAACGCGGAUACGCGACGAAGACCGCUCGCUGAGGAGCCUUGUGGGACUUCAGUGGACCCAUUUCGGUUUUUGGAAGCAGUUUGACAUUCUUCAUAAGGGAGUGGGUAUAAAGGAUGUCCAGUUUGGCCGCGAGUCAGAUAAAUACACAGGGGAUGUCACCAUGAAUAAACCAAUGGCAGCUGACUGAUACUGACACUGCAUAUGCUGAGCACAUCGGCGAGGGUUGGGUUUGUCUCAGUCUUGUGUGAUUGGUCGCUGAAUGGCAUUAAGGUGAAUGGAACACAACGAGCAGGACCUUAACCUGCCAAAGGGAGAUGAGACACAGUGGCCAAACGGAGUGAAGAGAAAACGAAAGAACAGUCAAUGCUCUAUGAACAACACGUCUGUGAAGGGCAUCUCUGUUCCAGGUUAUGUUCCCAGCUACCUGGACAAAGAUGAGCCAUGUGUGGUGUGUGGGGACAAGGCCACAGGAUACCAUUACCGCUGCAUCACAUGUGAGGGCUGCAAGGGUUUCUUCAGGAGAACUAUACAGAAGAAUCUUCACCCAUCCUAUUCCUGUAAGUAUGAUGGCUGCUGCAUCAUUGACAAAAUCACCCGCAACCAGUGCCAGCUGUGCCGCUUCAAGAAGUGCAUCUCAGUGGGCAUGGCCAUGGACUUGGUACUGGAUGAUUCAAAGCGGGUGGCCAAGAGGCGUCUGAUCGAGGAAAACAGAGAGAAGAGGAAGAAAGAGGAGAUGGUGAAGACAUUGCACAAUCGACCCGAGCCCACCAUCUCAGAGUGGGAGCUGAUUCGAAUGGUGACUGAAGCUCAUCGCCAUACCAAUGCACAGGGCCCUCACUGGAAACAGAAACGCAAGUUCCUACCAGAAGACAUUGGACAGUCUCCAGCCCCCACAUCAGACAAUGACAAAGUGGACCUGGAGGCCUUUAGUGAGUUCACCAAGAUCAUCACCCCUGCCAUCACAAGAGUUGUGGACUUUGCCAAAAAACUGCCCAUGUUCUCUGAGCUGCCUUGUGAGGAUCAGAUUAUCCUGCUGAAAGGCUGCUGCAUGGAGAUCAUGUCCUUGCGUGCGGCAGUGCGGUAUGACCCAGAGAGUGAGACUUUGACCCUGAGUGGAGAGAUGGCUGUCAGUCGAGAGCAGCUGAAGAACGGAGGAUUGGGCGUGGUGUCUGAUGCCAUCUUUGACUUGGGCAAGAGCCUGUCACAGUUCAAUCUCGAUGACUCUGAGGUGGCACUGCUGCAGGCUGUACUGCUCAUGAGCUCAGAUCGUUCAGGACUGACGUGUGUGGAAAAGAUUGAGAAGUGCCAGGAGAUGUACCUGUUAGCGUUUGAGCACUACAUAAACCACCGUAAGCACAACAUCUCACAUUUCUGGCCCAAACUGCUGAUGAAGGUGACAAACCUGCGCAUGAUCGGAGCCUGUCACGCCAGUCGCUUCCUGCACAUGAAAGUGGAGUGUCCCACAGAACUCUUCCCCCCACUCUUCCUGGAGGUCUUCGAAGAUCAGGAGGUGUGAUCAAGUGAAAAGGGAUCAUGAAUUUCUUUUUGCAAAGAAUACCAGAAGCAUUUGUUUUUUUCAUCCUCAUGCAAUGCUGAACUGGAACAUGUAUUUGUUUUUGCACCAAUGGUCCCUUGUCAACUUUGUCUGGGAUUAGUUUUGGGAGUGUCGUCUACUCACAUUGCGACCUCACUGUCAACUGCCAUUCAGAUUGCUCCCACAGACAGAAAAAAGCUAGCAUGCAUCAACCUACCUCUCAUGCCAACAUACCUCCCAACUUCAAAAGGAGCUUAUUUUAAAAGCGUGACAAAUAGACCUGGACAGUGAAUGUUCCUCACUAAGGAGUCAAUGGAUCUCAAUAGAGUGCUAUACACCAGCUCAGAUGUUUUCAACCGUCUUUGUUCCAGAAGUAUUUUUCCCGUAAUUUUUUUCCAUAGGAAUUUCUGAAAAUUCUUCUUAAAAGAGUUCUAGAACAUAAACAAAAUCAGUCAUCUCAGAGGUAAAUCGCAAUAUUACAAAUGUUGAUUUGAAGCAAAAACACUUAAAAAUUGGACAAAAAGACUAGAUUACACAACUGGGAAUGAACUACAAUCCCAUGAAGCAUUGCAAAUGAUGUAAUCCAAUUAAAAAGAUGGAAAAAAAAUUAUUAGUAAAUUAUUAAUGUAUAGAAUUUAUAUAAAUUGAAAGUUUAUUGCAAAAUAUUCAUAUAUUGUGUAGUAGUGUAGGGAGAUGGACUAGAUUACGUCAUCCACAAUGCUUCAUGAAGUUGGAGGUCACCACAGAGCUCUUUUGGUUUGCUUUGUUGUUUCGUGAUUCCCUGAUUGGUAGAGUAGUUCUUCAUCAGGAAUUCUCCUAUUAAACACAAAUUUAAAAAAACAAGGUUGAUAACAUAUGAACUGAUUGUUUAAACAGACGCAUAUACCAUCAAUUUACUACCUCGGAGCUCACGGUAGGUCUGUAUAAAAAAAACAUUUUAUGGAGAAAAUCUAUAGAAUUUUUACUUCCGGAACCUGACUGUUGCACCCAGUAGCUAUUUCAAAACGUGUUUAGGAAGUUCUAGCUGUUGUUGUAAGGACAGAUGAAACCGAAAACAUCAUUAAACACAGACACUAUUGGGCAAAACCUUAUUCUACAAGAGAGACCGAAAAAUAAUGCUCAUUUUCCUCAAAUCACAGCAGUAUUUUGGCACUCUGCUUCCUAUUUGCACGCAUUUAAUAUCUCCUAUGAAAACAUACCUACCUGUAGGCACUAAUACACUCUGUAAUAACAUUAAUAUGUUGUGUGAACUUGUCCGGGUUCAAACCUUCUCAUACCUCAUAUGCACCAGUAUAUAAACACAUGUAGCAACAUGUACAUAUAUGUAUGCAUGCAUUUAACUCUACCUGCACCAUCAUAUCUAUCCUUUUACAGUGCAGUGUAUACAAUUCUCAUACCUUCCUACCUACCAUAUCUACCAUGCAUACAUACCUGUGUAUAUGUGCCUAAGCUGAAAAUCCUGUGACCUCAUCUUCCGAGUAGCCUCUUGUUGCUUUCUGCUGUUUGCCUCCACAUAUGUUAAUUCCUAGUCAUGUGCAUCUACUAAUCUUGGCCUUCAGAUAUAAAAAAUAUAAAAGCACGGCCUACAAUAUGGUGGUACCAUGCUACAGUCACGGUAAAACAAUUGAAUUUUGAUAUAUAUCUUCAUGUACCAUGAUAUUUACAUGGUACGCCAAGUUACUUCAAAGAAUAAAAUGGUACUGUAUUACCAUGGCACCAUGUCCAAAUAUCUAUUGCCAUUUUGGUACUUCUAUUUAAUGAGGCCUAAACCUGUGUCCUAAACAGAUGUGACAUGAUAAAGAGACAAACGAUAAAGCUUCCAUGUCUUCCAAAUGAUAAUCUUUUCCAUGUCAAUCUGAGUUGUUGUCCAAACCAACUGCGAUGAGUGACAAGACGAUUGUCGAUUGAUAGGUUUCUAUUUCUGCAGCAUGGCACUGGGUAGCCCUGCCCACAUUGGUAUGCUACGGAUAUUAUACAUCAAAUGUUUUGAUUGGCUGUUGUUGUGCUGCAUUGCACAGCAUUUCUGCUUUCAGUGUUUACAGACAAAUUACUUCUCACUAAAAUCUUCAUGAAUCUUAACUGGUUAGGAUGCGUGCAAGUAUUACCCCUACAAUCAAUCCAACUUGCAGUUUGUUUCUACAUUACGAAUUCACUUUGGCAAAUGACCCCAAGUCAUUUAGGAAAAGGUAUGUUGCUUAAAAAUAAGAAUUUGAAAUGGAAAGAGAAAGCUAAGGACAAGGAAAGUGGAAACUAAGGGUUAAAUGGAUGUAUUUAUAGAGUGCAUCUUCACUGUUUUUAAAAGUGGGAAGCUUAAGUUCUUGACCGCCUCCUUGCAAGAGGAAAUGAAAUGAGUGUCACUUACCUCAUCAUGUCUUCAAACAGACUACCUCACCCCUCAUCCAUGCAUUGUAAAUCACAUUCAUACUCACCUGUCUACAUAUGCCUGCUUAAACCUGUAAAUAAAUGUAUGCACAUUUACACUAAGAAGGCACAAAUUUGUUCACUCAUAUGUUUAUAUCCUGCUUGUCAUCUUUCUUUCCAUUUCACUUUUGUAAUGUGGGACCAAGUGUCAGUAUUGAUCGCUGUUUCCGAGGACGUACCAGACUCUGUUUUUUCCUUAUAGGUGUGGGUCAAUUUCACUGUGUUGCAACAGAGCUAACUGAAUGUAACAGAUUCAGCAGUAUAUUUUGGUUUAAAGAGAUACUUUACCCUUAAAAUUGACAUUCUGUCAUCAUUUACUCACCCUUAUGUGGUUUUAAAGCCUGUAUGACUUUCUCCCGUGGAACCCAAAAAUUACUGAAUUAAAUUUCAGUCUGU